AUGGCUUUAUAUAAUUUGUAAGGGCCCAAGGGGUUUCCUGAUUUGGGAUACAGGGGUCAAUCACUAAACUGAAUGUUUAUUUAGAACAGCCAAUCAGCAUUCGCAGAAGUUUCCGUUCUAGCCAAUCAACGCACUGAAAAACCAUGUGGUUGGCAUACGAAAAUUCAGCCAGUUCACAGCGCCCCUAAGAUCGAGAAGUUUGGACACCAGUUUGGUCAGGAAGAUUACUGGUAUUUGUGUCUUUUGUGCCCUCCCACCCUUCCCUGGCUGGCAUCUGGUGUCGCUUGGACUACAGUGUAUUAGCGAUGCCACCAUCUGAAAGAUCUAAAAAGAGGAAAGGGAACCAGGGAGUGACAGACAACCCUCACCCAGGAAACAACAAUGGGAGGAGACCUAAUACAAGAGCAACGACCGACAGUGGGACUGCCCCCCCUGCACCACCUAGACUCCCUCCACAAAAACUGUCAUUGAAGUCGCUUCAGCAACAGUUGAAUGACCUCCAGAAGAUAACAACUAGAUUAGCAGAUAAGCUGGACGCGGACAAUGUCCCUCACACAUCAGCAGUCAGCACAACUGUAACAACAACAGUGAGCAGCACUGGCCUGCUAGGUGUGCUACCAGCAGGCUCACCCAGCGUUACAAGUGCGGCGAAUCAAGGACUACUACAACAAGUCACGUCAACAUUAACAGCCACUACGUCGAGCACGAUUCCCAUAUACUCAACAAACUCUGUAUUCGGAUUGCAACCACCAGCCCUCCUGCCUACACGGACUGAUGGACUUGGUGCUACUCUAGCAUCUAGCAUUAUGAGUACAGGUAUCAGCUCUUAUGCAGAUCGACACGUUUCGACGGAGGUUCCCUCAUAUGAAUCAGUUUCCAACGCACAUUCCACCAUCUCUACAGCCGAGCAACUUAAUCAUGAUGUAAACAAAUUGUUGUUUUGUUCUUUGGCCCCAGCUACGGUAACUGCUUAUCGUUUGGCAUGGCAACAUUUUCGUCGUUUCACCUUAUCAGUUCAUGGUCAGCUUUUGGUACACUUGCCUAUUCCUGAAAUGCUUAUAGGCCAGUUUGCUACUUUUUUGCACCAAGAAGGGUUCGCUCCAUCCUCAAUAACGUCUAAGCUCUCGGCCAUAAGCUUCAUGCACAAGCUUCACAAUCUCCCAGAUCCUACUUCGACGUUCCUCAUUCGAAAACUGGUGCAUUCAAUUCAGAAACACCAUGUCCCGGAUAGUAGGCUGCCCAUAACACCCACAAUCCUCCAGAAAUUGAGUGACAUUGUACCGCACAUUGUGAAUAGGGAUUAUGAUCAGUGCCUUUUCGAAGCAAUGUUUUUGUUCAUGUAUUAUUCUUUUGCGCGAUUAGGAGAAGUCACAAUAACUAACACCUCUCAACACACUUUGAACCUGGAUGAUAUUACUGCAGUACCAGAUCAAAGUGGAGCAACUUCAUAUAUCAAAGUUCAAUUCAAGACAUAUAAGCAUAGCAAGACGUCUACUCCAGCGACCCUUUCCAUGAUAGCACAGCCGGGCUGUAAGUACUGCCCAGUGAGCAGCCUUGAGCGUUUUCUCCUGAGGCGUGGGGGUAAAUCGGGAUGCCUUUUCACCAGCUCAAAUGGUUCUCCAGUCAGUAGUGAUCACUUUACCAAAGUCCUCAAGGCUUGCGUAGUACAAGCCAAUCUAGACCCGCACAAAUAUACGUCACAUUCUUUCCGUAUUGGGGCAGCAACUCAAGCUGCAAUACAAGGUGUUCCCGAUGACACCAUACAACGCCUGGGAAGAUGGUCAUCUGAUGCGUUUAAGAAAUAUAUACGCAUUUAAAAGAAUGAGGGCGGAGUCGAUUGGGUAUGAGUUCGUUGAUUGAUGUUAGGGUAUACGCGAGACUAAUAUUACAGUGGUGAGUUGCCC